GCGGCCUAUUGGGCUAAGAUGCAAGUUGUUGUUACAUAGUUGUUACCAAGUUUCCUGCACAGCACUUGAACGUUGACUGGCAGGCACGUGGGUGGUGGACCCUAUAGUGGCCAGAAUGGGAACGUUUUCAAAACAUCCAUCCAUCUAAAAAGGAAAGUAUCAAAGUUAUCAGAUGUAUUUUAGUAUGUAGUGUCAUACGUUGUUGAUCGUCGAAUGUUGAGUAUAAACACCCGAACGCAUUUUUUGUGGGCGGAAACCUCCUGUACGCUUGAUGUUGCAUUCACCAAACAACAUACCAUCCAAAAUGUGACGUUGUACUGUACGCUAGCAUUUGGCGUAGUCUUCAACGCACGGUAGUAGCUUUCACUCAAAUGACUUUUAAAUGGCUACACUGUACAGCACUGUAUGUCGGUACUCAAAAUGUACGAAGACUAACAUUGUUUCCAUGUACUUUGUAACAAACCGCGCUUGAGUCGACUCUGCUUUGCAACCUCAGUGUUAUUUGUACCCGAAUCUAUUUGCCGCGACGUUUUUAAGCACACAUUUGAAAUGAACGAGGAAGACUUUUUGCAGAAAAUAAGGCUGGGGUUUGAAGAACUCUGUCGAGCUUUGAAUAUGGACGUGGAGGCGAGCAACGAAGCAUGGAGGAGUUACGAAAGCAUAAGCAAAAAAUACACAUUAGAGGGCAGUGACCUACACUGGCUGGCCUGUGCCAUCUAUGUGGCCUGUAGAACACCAGUACCAACAGUGGGUAAGGGUACUGCAGAGGGAAACUACGUCUCCCUGACCCGAAUACUACGCUGUUCAGAACAAAGCCUCAUUGAGUUCUUCAACAAGAUAAAGAAAUGGCAGGAUAUGGCCAGUCUUCCUCAGGACUUCCGCCAGAGCACGGAGAAGCUGGAGAGAAAUUUCACAGUUUCCGCUGUCAUCUUCAAGAAAUACGUCCCCAUCUUCAAAGCCAUAUUUAAGGCGCCCUCGGAUGAACCGCCCAGAGUCAACAGGAGCCGCAAACAGAGACGCCAUCCCUGCACCGUUACUGAAGUCUUCAACUUCUGCUGGAUUCUGUUUGUCCAUGCUAAAGGAAACUUCCCUAUGAUCAGUGAUGACCUGGUGAACUCAUACCAUCUCCUUCUGUGUGCUCUGGACCUGGUCUUCUCCAACGCCCUGCUCUGUAAUACCAGGAAGGAGCUUCUCAACACCAACUUCAAAGGCCUUCCUGAGGACUUCAGCAGUAAGGACUACAAGCCCACUGCAAGGCCUUACUGCUUCAUAGAGCAGCUGUGUGAACUGCAUGGUGGCCUGGUGCUGGAGGCCAAAGGGGUGAAGGAACACUUCUGGAAACCCUUCAUCAAUAGGCUCUUCCAUAAGAAGAUUCUCAAAGGGAAAGAAGAGAGCUUGACUGGCUUCUUAGAUCCUACGAAUUUUGGAGACAGUUUUGUGUCCAUGGGCCGUGUGUAUGAGGAGCAUGUUCUGGCCACUGGAGGUCUGGAUGAUAGGAUCUUUUUGGGAGAGGGGGCCAAUGAAGACAUUGGGGAGAACCAGGAUGCCUCAGCAUACAGACUCUACAGCAGUCAGACUGCCUCAGUCCUGAAGGUGUCCACUCCCCUGACGGGUCGUAAUUAUGUCCAGGACAACAGUCUGUGUACGCCCGUCUCUACUGCCAUGCAGAGUGUUGGUCGACUACACAGCCUGCUCACUGGACUGAAGCGCGGCCCCAGUCGGAGACUCACAGACUUACUGAGGGCGUGUGCCAGAGACCCCAGUGAGGUCAUCUCCACUAUGCUGAAGGACAUGUGUCAGCUCUUCUGCCAGCACUAUGAGGGCAAUGGGGAAGAGAACACAGGACUGGGGAAAGACAUCGUAGUGUACUUCCGCCUGGCGGAGGCGCUCUACUAUAAAACCCUGGAGGCCGUCAUUGACCAGGAGAAGAAGAGACUGGGCAACUUGGAUCUCUCUGGUAUUCUGGAGCAGGAUGUGUUCCAGCGCUCUCUGCUGGCCUGCUGUCUGGAGAUUGUCAUCUUCUCCUACCGACCCCCAGGGGACUUCCCACGAAUCAUACACAUUUUCCAGCUCCCUGCAUACCACUUUUAUAAGGUGAUCGAGGUGCUGGUGCGGGUGGAGCAGGGUCUGUUCAGGAAGGUGGUGAAGCAUCUGAACCAGGUGGAGGAGCAGGUUCUGGAGAGCCUGGCCUGGAGGGGGGGAUCCCCGCUGUGGGACAGCGUCAGGGGGACCAAGAACCAACCGCCAUCAUGCCAGGAGGUGAUGCCACCACAGCAUCUGGAGGAUGGGGACGGAGCCGCCCCUCUCAACCCCAACAACCAUGGUGGGAAAGGUGUGUCCACCUCCACCACCACCAUGUUGGACCGCUACAGCUGCUCCACCAUGGGCUCGGCCAGGAGACGGCUGUUUGUGGACGCGUCCUGCGACGCCCCCUCGGACCCCUCCACCACCACCCCUACUACCAACCUCAGGACCUCCCAGGCCAUCGUCACCACUACCAUCCCUGCUGGACAGACUGUGGUCACCAUGGCAACGGCCACAGUUACCGCUAACAACGGACAGACGGUCACCAUACCUGUGCAAGGAAUAGCCAAUGAGAACGGAGGCAUCACCUUCAUCCCUGUCCAGGUCAGUGUGACGGGACAAGGCACGGCCACGCUCCAGCCCCUGUCUGCCCAGUCCCUGACUGGCACUUUGACCAGCCAACCACAGACCACCACCACGCUGAACAGUCCCACUCUCCAGGGCAGCCACGCCGCCGGCAAGCCAAUCAAGAAGCCGGCCGCCCAGGGCCCGUCCAAUAACGGGCCUCAGAAAAAGAGUUCCCUCUCGCUGUUCUUCCGCAAGGUGUACCACCUGGCCAGUGUGCGUCUCAGAGACAUGUGUGCCAAGCUGGACAUCUCUAGUGAGCUGCGGAGGAAGAUCUGGACGUGUUUCGAGUACUCUCUGGUGCACUACACAGAGCUCAUGAUGGACCGACACCUAGAUCAGCUCCUCAUGUGUGCUGUGUACGUCAUGACCAAGGUGACCAAAGAGGACAAGUCCUUCCAGAACAUCAUGAAGUGUUACCGCUCUCAGCCCCAGGCCAGCAGCAGCGUCUACAGGAGUGUGUUGAUCUCAGGGAGGAAGAGACGUCACUCAGGAAGCAGUGAGGGAAAUGGACAGAGCUCUCCUACAGAGACCAGCCAUGAGGGAUGUGGAGACAGCAGCCCCGUACCCAUGCGUUCCACCAGCACCCCAUCCACCCCCACCCUGGCCCCCUCCACCUUCCUCUCCCCGUCCUCAUCCCUCCCUCCCUCCCAGCAGCAGGAUGAUGAAGGGGGAGUGGUGGUGGGGGGGGAGCAGGAGGAGCGAGGAGACCUUAUCCACUUCUACAACCAGGUCUACAUCAAACAGAUGAGCCACUUUGCCCUGCGCUACUCGCCCAGCUCAUCCUCUGCAGGGCUAGAGUCUCCUCCCCUGUGCCUGUACCCCUCCCUGAGGACCAGCUCCCCUCGCAGGGUCCUCCUGUCCCACAACCACUCCAUCUAUAUCUCCCCCCAUAAGGCUAGUGACAGCCUCCCCACCGCUACCGCACAGGACAAGAUAUUGUACUACAUCUGCAGCGGCCCAGCCAACCGCCUGGCGGAGAUCAACAGUAUGAUCCGCACCGGGGAGACGCCCACCAAGAAGCGCAGCAUGCAACUGGAAGAGGAGCCAUCCCCCAAGAGGUUGUGUCCGGACAACCAGACAGCCCUCGUCCGCAGGCUACAAGACGUGGCCAAUGAUCGUAGCUCCUCCCACUAAGGUUGAACACACCCUCUUCAGAACACACCACUGGCUGAAGUCGGUAGUCACCAUACUAGACUGCCAUGUUAGAAAAAAAUAAACGGGCAACAUCAUCAAUAUCAAAAUUGAUGAGGAUACAUGUGUAUUCCAUAAAGGAUAAGAUCUUCUAGUCUAAGGUUAGUAUGAUGGUUUAAGUUCAGAGUUAGCCUAGUGGUUGGUAGUUAAACAUCAGAUUUUAGGUUACUUCCAUCUAUUCUAGCAUGGCCAGAUUGUGAGUCCCUUAACACCAUAUUUUUCUAUAUACACCGAGUGCACAGAAUAUUAGGAACACCUUCCUAAUGUUGAGUUGCACCCCCCAUUUUGCCCUCAAAACAGUCUCAAUUCGUUGGGGCAUGGACUACAAGGUGUCGAAAGCAUUCCAAAGGGAUGCUGGCCGAUGUUGCCUCCAAUGCUUCCCACACUUGUGUCAAGUUGGCUGGAUGUCCUUUGGAUGGUGGACCAUUCUUGAUACAAGAAAAAUCCCGGCAGCGUUGCAGUUCUUGACACACUCAAACUGGUGCGCCUGGUAUCUACUACCAUAACCCGUUCAAAGGCACUUAAAUACACAAUCCACAUCUCAAUUGUCUCAAUGCUUAAAAAUCCUUCUUUAACCUGUCUCCUCCUCUUCAUCUACACUGAUUGAAGUGGAUUUAACAUCAAUAAAGGAUCAUAGCUUUCAUCUGGAUUCCCCUGGUCAGUCUAUGUCAUGGAAAGAGCAGGUGUUCUUAAUGUUUUGUACACUGUGUAUGUCCAGAGUCAAAUGAAUGUAUUUUGUCUAGAAUACACAGCAAUUACAGAAUGGACUGCCAUUGUUGUGGAGCUUUGCAAGUUUGCAUAUAUGGUGGAGUAUAAUUCAAAAUCACAUGCAUUUUGAAGUGUAUUCUAUCAGUGUUACUAACUUGCUCAUGCCCACAAUUUAGCUGUUCGAUAUACUAUGAAGGAAUUCCUUUCAGUGUUUUGAUAUUCUUCUUGAGACAAAAUCCAUCAUUACACUCAUAUUCAGUAUGUAUUUAGGAUUUCAUAUCUCAGAAGUUUAUAAGAUUAGUUUUUUAAUGAGUUGCGUCAGAAGAGAAGAAAGCACUUAACAAUGACCAACCAUGUUCUUAAAAUAUUUUGUACAUUGUUUGGCCUUGAGUACAUGCAAGCAUUUCAAAUAAGUAUUUUUAAAGCUUUUGUAACACCAGAGAACAUUACAUGGUGUUGUCAACUCUGACGGCUUUCUUUUCCAAAGUCUUUGAGCUUAAUUUUAUGUUGUUGUUUUGUGCAUCAUUUUUUUAACUAGGCAGGUCAGUUAAGGACAAAUUCUUAUUUACAAUGACAGCCUAGAAAAAGUGGGUUAACUGCCUUGUUCAGAGGCAGAACAACAGAUUUUUACUUUGUCAGCUCAGGGAUUCAGUCUUGCAACCUUUUGGUUACUAGUCCAACACUCUAACCACUAGGCUACCUGCCGCCAUAACAUAUUUAUGCUAUUUUUCUAACUUUAGAUAUGUUAGCAAGAAACGGUAACUUUCCAUUUUAGCAAUGACGAUACUUAAUAGUAGAAUCACUGACAACAAUAUUUAUUUUCUCUCUCAUGUAGCUUCCAUUAAUUAUAAGGUAAUACUUUUAGUAUCCAAUACAUUUUAUAAUUGUGUUGUUAGUCACAAUGGCAUGUUAUCGUUUUGUUGAUCAGCAACUUAAAAGUCAUGGCAAAUGUCUUUGUCUGAACAUUGUUGUAAAAUAAAUAAAAAAUAAAGCAUAUUAUUUUAUCGUA